UUGGUGCUAUUUAUUUUGUUGACGGCGUGAUUUUGAUCCUGUUAUCUUUUAUAUCGUAUUCAACUAAAACGAUAGUUUUAAAAUAGCUUCUUUGUUUUGCUUUUUUGUAAAAUUUUAUUCCUUAAAUUGAAUUUGAAAUGGUACUAUUGAUAUUACAUCUCUUUUAUCUUCAAAUUUUGCACAAUGCGUUAGCUGAAAUCUGUGAAAAUCCAACAAUUGACACAAAGACUUACAUAACUAAUGAUGGAAUAAUAGCUUCGGAGGUAGUUGUUGUAAAUGAAAUUGCGAUUUCUUGUACGCCAUUUGUACACGAACUUGCUCUUUAUGUUGAAAAAUCUGGGAAAUUAAUCGCAGCUGUAAAAUCUUCUGAUAAUUCUAAGUAUCAAUUAAGUUGGACUGAAAGAGGAGAACAGAUAUUUAGUGGUGAGCAUUACAUAAAAGUUUACGAUGAAAAAGGAUAUGCAGCUUUAAGAAAAGCUCACCUUUACAAUAAGGAUACGUCAAAUAUUCCACCUGCAUUUUUACUUUCAUUUUAUUAUAGUGGUAUUUAUAAUGAGUCCAUGAUAUCUUCGAAAUCUAUUGUUGUUGUAAUAAGUAUGAUCCUAUGUUACCUUGCCUUUACUCAAAAAGCAAAUAUAAGAUCUUGAAAACUGUGUAGAAUUUAA